GAAUUCAGUGCGACUUGGGCUGCUAACUUGAACGCGUUGCAAACGAGAAAACCAUCCGAAAUAAAGAAAUUUUCAACUAGAAACUAACACAUAGAUAUAUCUAUACCAUCUAGCUGGGCUGUCUAUAUAUACGGAUAUAUAUAUAGAUAUAGAUACGAGUAUUUCUCUGGCAAAAUGCUUCUGUGUGCAUAGGCGUCGUUUGCAAAAUCUUUUCAUAGAACUUGCGUGCGUUUGGCGAAAACCAACGCCUACGACAAAAUCGAAAAAACGCGAUUUCCUCCGACUGGUGACUGUGUGUAGGCGGUGUGUAAAAGUGUUUUGGAGUUGAACUUGAAAUACAUAGAAAGCGGCUAGAAUGAGUUCUGGGUAUGGACAGCGCGGAGGAGGCGGAUCCGGAAACGGCGGCUACGAGGCGCCCGCCUGCGUGCAGAACGCGAUGAUGACAAAAGACAAGAAGCCCUUCACCUACACGCCCGGCGGCAUCGAUCUCUCCCAGAUCCGGUCCGAGCGGAUGGCCAAGCGGCUGGCGCGCAACGCCCAGUCGGAGGGGGCCACCGGAGCGGCCCAGCAGAACAGACCCGCCCAGCCGCUGUCGCCGGGCGGUGGCGGUGCCGGUGCCGCUGCACCGACGGCCACCAGUACGAUGGGUGCCGCUGCCAUGGGCAUGCCGUUUCAGGUGCUGCCACCGCCACCGCCGCCACCGAUGCAGUCGGGUAAGAAUGGCAACCCCGGUGCUGCUAGUGCCACUAGUGCUGCACCCCCACCACCACCCCCACAACAACCACCCAGCUCGUUAGCGCCACCCGCCGCCGGCCGACUCAGUGCACCCGGUUCGCCGGCCACGGCCCGCAAAUCGCCGACGCCACAGCGUUUUGAGCCACCGCCAUUGGGAUUCCGGCCGGAGAUCAAGAUACCGCCGAAUCCCAUGGCCGCACUCCGCAAGGUGGCGCCGCCCGUCGAGAAGAACACGUUCUGGAAGGACGAGUACCGCAAGGACCGCUCCAAGAGUCCGCUGCCCGCGGCGGAAGCUGGAGGCCAGAAUGGAGCAGAUGCCGUUGAUGGUCCCAAACCAUCGGUGGAAAGCAGUUAUAGCCCCUAUACACCCACUCAACCGGUGUCGGUGCCACAGCAACAGCCAACGCCGCCGGCAACACCGCCGCAACAGCAGCAACAGUCGGAGCAGCAAUCUGCAACACAGUUCCGCAGUGUGGCCAUGCCCACAUCGCGGGCUGUAAGUGUAUACACUCGUCAGACCGACAGUCCUAGAUCGCCUUUCGAGCAGCAGCAGCAGCAACAGCAACAGCGAUCCACAGAAAGCCCCUUCCGAUUUGCUCAGCAGCAACAGCAACAGUCACCACAGCAACGUCCACCACUUGCGAUAUCGCCACUGGCUCAGGUGCAGCAACAGCAACAACUGCAGCAACAGCUACAGCAGCAACAAUUGCAGCAGCAACAAUUGCAGCAGCAACAAUUGCAGCAGCAACAAUUGCAGCAGCAUCAGCUACAGCAGCAACAACAGCUUCAACAGCAACAGCUACAGCAACAGCAGCAAUUGCAACAGCAACAACAGCAACAGACAGCUCAAUCUGUGCCCUGGCGUACGCAACGCGCUCAGUCUGCAGCACAACAGCAACAGGAAUUGCAUCCGCAGCCCAUCUACAACAAUGUUCAGCAGCAGCAGCAGCAACAAAGAUCUCGCGAUGUCUUCAGUCCGGCAAGAACUGAAGCGCCAGCAGCAAACACGUUCAAUUCACAGCAGCAACAGCAGAACUUUGGCACUCAACAAAACCAAUUUGCAGGAGCAACAAAGCCGACCAACGUUGGCUCGCUCUACAUAGCUCCUUUGGCCCAACCCACAGAGCCACAGGCUCAGCGAAUCCUUCUGCAGCAGCAGCAGGCAUCUGCCCGGGAUUCCCCGAUGCGCCAGUUGCCACAGCAGCAAGGAUCGCCACAGCAGCAGCAGCAGCAGCCGCAGGCCAACCAGCCGAUGCGAUGGCUCAGUUCCCAGCCGGCCAGCAAGGAGCAGGCUCCCUGGGCUCGUCCCGAGGAGAACGGUAACGUCCUGCCCUCCACUCUGCGACAGACCACUCCGGCACCGCAGCCCCAAGUCGUACCUCAAUCGCAGCCACAGCAGCAACAGCAACAACAGCAGCAGACAUCCUUCUACCAGCCACAGUUGGUCCAAGGAAAUGGCUUUGGACAAACUCCGAUUUCGGUUGCUUCUAUCAGUCAGCACAAUUUUGGAUCAAAUCCCCAGCCAGGAGGACUGCGUUUGCAGAUCAAUUUGAACACCAAUGGCAGCAGCAAUAAUGCAAAUCAAAGUGCUCCAAGGGAGCGUAUCAUACCCAUAACCUUAGAGCAGACGCCGACCUAUGCCGCAGCCCAGCCCAACUUUGGUGCGCCUGCAGGUCACAUAAUACGCUCAGCUAAUCAAUUUGUCGAUCAAGGUUACCAAAAUUACCCAGCUCAAGGUCAGCGAGUCCUGUCGCCCACCCAGCAGCCACCCACCAGUGCCAACAACAUGAACAACACCAAUGGUAAUGGAAAUGGUAAUGCCACCAGGAUAAUCCCCAUUGCAAUCGAAGGAGGACGCGGCGGACCAGUUUCCCAGUCGCCGGUGCUGCUGCAAUACGAUCCACGCUCACCGCCCAUCCAAUCGAAAUCGUUUAGAAUAUUGCAAAAGAUAACCGACACCGUGGACGAUGGCAGCGGGCAGCAUGGUAAUGGCGAUUUGCGGCAGGACUCGCGGCAGGACCUGCAGCAGACGCCCCAGGAGGCGGAGUUGCAGCGGCCGCAGUUUGCCCGCCAGAUGAGUGCCCAGCAGGCCAGGAAUAGUCCGACCAUCGAGCAGAUGCGACGCCUCCAAAUCGCCCAGGAUCAGCAGAACAAUCAUCAGCAGUCGGGUACGCCACUAGCUUGGUCCCCGCAAGGUAAUGGCGUCUCAGCUCAGAAUCGAUUCACACAACAACGAUAUGAUACACCCCAACAACAUCAACAGCAAUAUGUGCCGCCAAGUGAACAGCAAGCUCCGGAACCCAAAAAAUACACCGGCAGCGCUAUACCCAGUCGAUCAUUCAAAAUUCUACAGGCAAUGACAACACCUGAAAAUGCCGACCAUAAAAUUCACACCGAGCUGGACUCGGAUUUGGAAAAUGUUGAACUGAACGAAACCCCAAAUAUUAAUAAUAACAACAACGGAAAUACUGAAAAUAAUAAUAAUAAUAAUCAUAAUAAGAUUAACAAUAAAACCAAUAAACGUCAUAGCUACACAUCAGCCACACCAACACCUACACCUACACCCCCACCACCACCACCAUCCUGCACAGAACCCACCACCCACUCAUCAAACUCAUCCCUCAAUUCGGAUAGCUCUUCUACCCCGCAGACCCCUCGUUCGCAGUCGGUGCCCCCGCAUUAUCCCUAUGCCUAUGGCUACCCAUAUCCCUGGUACAUGCCUCCUCCUCCUCCUCCUCCGUCAAUGAAUAGUGACGCUGUGCCUUGGCCAUAUCCCUAUUCAUAUCCCCCGCCGCCACAAUCGUUGGUGGAUGGCAAACCGGCGGAGGGAUUUCCCCCGUACCCAUAUUACUAUCCCUAUUAUCCACCACCCAUGCCACCCUAUGGACAACAGCCGGGUGAAUCCCCUGGCUAUCCCCAGUACCAUGCCAUGCCACCCUAUGGCCAUCCGUAUCCCUAUCCAGUGGCACCCAGUUAUAGCCAGAGUUCCACCGAGGAGAGCAGAGCCAGCAGUGUUCUGCCGGACAUUAUCAUCACGCCCAGUACCGACGAUAUUCCCUCGCAGGUGAUCAUGCAGCAUCACAUCCGAGUGGAACCCCGAGAGCCGCCGAAACGGGCGCACUCCGUGGAGAUCGAGGAGCUGGUCAGCAAGCCAAAGGCCCGGAAUAUCUGCACCAACAAGCACCAGGUCAUCGAUGUGCUGAGCCAACGUUUGGCGAGCAUCAACAAAAUUGCCAGUGGAAACACCCAGGCCAAUCUCUCCAAGCAAUUGCACAAAAACUAUGCAGGCGAGCAGUCCAAGGAGCUGGGCGAGAGAUCACCCAGCGAGAAUGCCUCCAAUUCCGACAGCGAAUCGGAGGAGGAGAGCAGUGAUGAGGACGAAGAGGAUACCCCCAAGCUUGGUGCUCGUCCAGCUCCCUUGCAGUCCAUCAAAUCGGUGACCAAUGUCCAAGUCUACAAGGGUAAGACCUUGGAGCAGCAUCUGGAUUCCGAGAGCAGUGAGGACGAAGAUGAUGUGACCACGGCGGAUGAGAUGUACGAUGAAGAGGAACAGAUCGAGGAAGAACAAGAGGAGGGCCUGGUCGAGGAAAUGGAGGAUGACUACAUUGUAGAGGAGGAUCUGAGUGUCAUCUACGAGGAGGAGAGCGAACUGGAACGCAGCAGUGAAUACGCCAAGACAGUCAUCCGAAGGGAUGACUCCAGAUCCACCAUAGUCGAUGAUAUUGAAAAGCAAAUCGAGGAAAAUGAUGAUGAUGACGAUGAGGAGUCCAAUUCGGUAACAGUUCGACUGCCACUUCGCUUCUCCUUCAGCCGCAGCUCCAAUGAUGAAAACAUCGCCACCGUUGAAGUGGGCAAUACCACUCAAAUCGAGGAAAAGCAACCCAGCAUUGUCAGCACGUUCAGUGUGGCCAAAGUGGAAAGUGAGGAUGAAGACGAUGACUGUGAGGUCAGUGUGACCAUCAGUUUGUCAAACUCUUCGCGUUCAAACUCAGUGGAGAAGUCAACGCAGCCGUAUAAGCCCUCCAAUGCGUAUCCCGUGGAGGAGAUCAGCACACCCCUUAAAGCCAGUGAAGAAGAUGUCUCUGCUUCAUUCUCACUAGGCAUGCGUAAUAAAUUCACAAGCGAAACAAUAGCUAAUGAUCUUACCAAUAAUAUUUCCCAAAAUAAACCAAAGGAAAACACCGCAGAAGUAAAGGAAGUUGCCAGCUCCCCAAAAGAAGAAUUCGAUUUCUUUGCCACUUUAAUGGCCACCAAAAUGCAGGCUCAGAAAAUGAUGGAGCAGUCCAAGAAUUUCUGGAAAACUCCUGAAUCUAAGCCAGUGGAGGAAGCAGCUGGAACACCAAAACUUCGAUCCAAGGAGAAUAUAUCUGCGGCCAAGUCACCAAGACCCAUGUCUGGUGAUAUGUCCAAGACUCAGGCUUCCCUGGAGGCGGCCAAAAAUAGCUUCUGGUCUACCUUUGCCACGACCUCCAAAGAAAAAGAACCUGAAGUCGAGGAGGAGGAAACUGAGGAAGUUGACUUUUGGGCCAGCUUAGAUAAAAAAGAAUCCAUCGAUGCGGAGGAUAAGCAGUGGACCAAGAAAAAGAAGACCGUAACCUAUACUCCCCUGAAAAAAGAGUCAGUCACUAAAGUGGAGCACUGGACAACAACGCUCAGGGCUCAGAUGGAAUCACUUCCUGUUCCUCAAAAAGCUGAGGUGCACUUUGUAGUUGAGGAGAAACCUAAGGAAAUUGAGCAACCCCAAGAGCAGGAUCAGCGUGAAGAAGAGGAUUUCUGGGCCUCGGUAAACCCAACCAAGGUGGAAAACACAGUAAGCUCAAGCUGGGCACCCACAACUUACAAUUCAGAGCCGCAGAAUGAACCGGAAAUUGAUAUCUGGGCUGCUCAGGAAGUGACAGAGGAACCAACCCAAGAAGAACAAGAUUUCUGGGCAGAGGCCGAAAUUGAAUCAACUACCAGCUACCAAGAUGAAGAGAAACCCAACGGGUAUACAUACGAUCCAACUAAAUAUCCCGAGGAACCUCGAGAAGUGGAUACCGAUGAAGAGAUUGAUUUCUGGGCCGAGAUCGAAGCCAAGCGCAAGCCAGGCGAAGACGAUGAUGAGGAUGUCACGUUCCAUAAGUCAGCCACCUUUUGGGCCCGCAAAGAACGCCAGAAUUCGGUGGAGGAGACACCUUACAAACCCGUCGAGAUCAAGGCUUUUAGGGCCAAGUUACCCGACGAAGCAGCUGUGGAGAUCGAUGUAUGGGCCACUUUGGAGGCAGCCAGGGGUCACGAACCCGAAAUCGUGGAUCCCGUGGUGGAGGAGGAAAAAGUUCUCGCCGAGCAAUUCGAGGAACUCGAACACGAAAGUUCUGAUGAGGAGGAGGAGGAGGAGGAGGAGCAAAAUGAAGAGAUUAUGGAGAAACCCCAGGCAGAGAUCCCCGACAGCAAUCUAAGCCACAUGGACACCAUGUCCCUGGCUUCGAUGCACGAGCCAGCCACCGUCUACACCUGGGCUCCUCCUCCGCAGGACACCAAUGACAAUGAGGAGGAAACCGAUUUCUGGGCGGACAUGGAACAGGAACGCUCCAAGAAGGAGCAGUUCGAGGAGGCCGAACAGAAACGUCAGAACUACCGCCAAGCCAUGGCCUUCUUCAACACCUCAAUCGAUGGUCAGCAGACGCCGCCGCAACAGAACGCCAGUCCCAAUCGCAGUAUUGUGAUCCUGGAAGUCGAGGAGCCACAAGAAGUGGACUUGGGACCACCUGGUGAGUACCAGUUAGUGGGCGAGGAUGGCCUCAUCGUGGAGGAACAUAAGCAAGCAAUAACCGAAACCGAAGAAGAGGAGCGAGGAGCUGCAACUCCCACAAACAUGGAGCCACAACUACCAGAGGUCUAUGUGGAACCCGAGCCGGAAGUUAAGCGCCUGCCCAAUGGAUUACCCGAUCUGGAGGUGGAGAAGUUCAGUGACGCGCCCAAGAUUUCGGUGCGUGAUCGGAUUAGUGCUUUUGAGGUCAUACCCACGUCGGCAAGUGAUGGCUCCAAGGGCUUGACCAAGCAAUCCCUGUCCGUGGACAGUGCUUAUGGCAAGGGAACUCUCUCCCGCAACAGCAGCACCCAGCGAUCCGAGUCAGAGAUCGAGGAGGAUGACUCCGGGGUGACGGACAUGAACCGUCAGCUAUCCGAAACCGACACCGAGUCGGAGAGCUUCCCGGAGCUGCGCAAGAUGACCAGCUACCAGCGGGCGGCCACACAUUCCAGGCUCUUCAAGCUGCUGCAGGACGAGAACGAUGUUCCCGAGGCGGGAGCCCAACCGGCCGAUGAGUUCCAGUUGAAACCCAGCCGCAGGAAGAUCGUGCACAAUGUGUCCAUCACAAGGAGGCAGAAUCCUGGAGCCCUCAAUGAUGCGGAGACCAUGACGCAGCGCAGGGAACGCCUUUCGCUGCCGCUUCGCAAGAACACCAGCAUCGAUGCGGACAAUCCAUCGACGCCAAAUAGUCCGGCCUCACCCAUUAUGGGACCUUCGGCCAAGAACCAGCGCGUGGUGAGCGACAAGCUGGUCAACGAACUGGUCCAGAGUCUGCUCCUCAAGAGCGACAGCACGCACUUGAGGCAUCUGCCCAUGGAACGCCUGCAGGCGGCCGCCAAGAGAGCGCUGGUGGAGGAGAUGGACUCGGCGCAGGAGAACAGCUCGCUGGACAGCACACCGGCGCCCACGCCCAAGCAGGACAAGGAGUACUCCGACUACUACAACAGCUGGUGCGAGGCCAGCGGGGAUGAGGCGGUGCCCUCCAAAAGCUUCCGUUCGCUGCAGGAUCCGCGUCGUAGUCCCUGGACAGUGCGUUGUCCGCGGGUGCUCAGCUCGAAGACAAUCAACCGGGAUUUGGCCCGGGUCACAGAGUCACCGGAAAUCGCCAAUGGUCGGGGCAGCAAGAGUCCGGAGUGCUUCCGCCAGAACUCACACUCACACUCACAGUCCCGGGAACGAUCCGUGAGCAGUUGGCGCAGAGUCUAGGAUAGGGCAAAGGAUUGCCUAUUGUACAUAACAGGGCGGGUCUAUAGUCUUUAGCUGGGAUGUGGGACCGGUUCAAAUGGGAGAUCGAAUCUCGCCAGGAGAAGCCCAUAAAUUCGAACGACAUAAAAAGCGAACUCAAAUCGACUUGGUAAUACCCUACUUCUGGUUAAAGUAUAGCCAGUAUUAAGACGGUAAAGCUUGAAGCUAGUCCAUUUCCGAACCGGAUUUCACUCCCGAACUUUUGGUAACAUUAAGCACCUUCUGCAUUUGGCCAUGAUAAUCACUGCCCCUGGGAAUGGGUGAUAUAAUAGAGCCAGUUAUUGCAUUUCUCAUCACUAUCAUCCCCCAUCAUCCAGCAUUGUACAUUAUGAAUAUCGAAUACACUCAAUACACUAUUAAAACUAAAUCUAAUUAAACAUGUAAAUAAACCAAUUGAAACCAAUGAAAGGAAAUCGUUCAUUCGUUCGUUCGUUUGUUACCUCAGUAAAGCGCAAAACCAAAACAAAAAAACCAACCAAAAUCAUUUUCUAAAACUACAUGAGUAUUUCAAAAUUUGUAAACAGUAACUCAUGAAAUCGAACCAAAUAAUAACAAGCAUAUAAAACUGAAAACAAAAAAUCUAUCAAACGCACCAAUAAACAACAAAAUAAAAACCAAUUUCAUCUCAACUCAAUGAUUUUGUAAAACUCGUUCAAAAUCCUAAGGACCUGGACAAUCGGAUCUAUAAUUAUUUCUCAACGCCAUAGAAAUCAAUUAUAGCAACUCAACAGCAGCAAACAGAAAACGAAACUGAAAAUCAAUCAGAUUGCUUGUUAUAGUUAUCUAGUUUAAGUACCAGACACUCUAAGGAUCGCCACAAUCAAAUAACUUGGGAACGGGAACAAGUUUUUAGUAAAAUUUCUUUACACUAACCAACACCAUUGUAGCUGAAGAGGAAAGUUUGUUUGUUUAACGCGAUUUGGUAGCAGCACUAAAACCAAACAAAACAAUUCUAACACAAUUACGAAGCAAAUAGCGAAAGCGAAUAUUUACUAAUCCUAAACGUUAAGAUGAACAAUGCAGGUGCAAUGAGGUAACAACGAAACGAAACAAAAUCUAAGAAACCGACUAUGCUUGAUAUGUAUCCGGAUAACACGAAAGCGCACAUCAAACACGACUAAUAACAUAUUAUACAAUAUUUUUGUUACUUGCGAACAUUAUAAUUUCAUUCUUGAAGAUUCUUUUAUGUUUUUCAUCAAUAUUUAUUCAUUUACUCAAUUCGUAUGCAUACGAAUGUUCUUUAAAUUUAAAUAUUUUUGAUUAUUAUUAUUUGGUAUAUAUAUAAAAUAUAUUUUGUGUUGUAUAAUUUUUUAUGCAAUAAACAUUUUUAGUAAAUAAAGAGAAGUAGCGUUUGGAA